UCCCAUAGAAAAAUACCCAUACCCAUAAAAUUAAAAACCAAAAUAUGGUGACUCUUGUGGUGGCAACAACAAAAGAUCCAGCAUCAAUUAAUCCAGCAAAGGAGUUAUUAGCUAUGCCAGGUUGGCAACCUGGGCCCACAUUAGAUCAACGUGUCAGAAGUUUUAUUAACGGAGAUGUGAGAGUGUUGGAACAUGACAAAGGCAUUGUGGAAGAAGAUGAUUUAGAUCAACGGUGGGAGAUGUGUACAGGUCAGCAUGUUGAUGAGGUUAUAUUUCUUAGUAAACAUACUGCUGUAUCCAACCGACCUGCUCUCACCAUACACCCCAUUGGGGUGCCACAUUUGAAAGAGGGGGAUGUUCCGCCACAAGGAGGGAGGCCAGGGUGGGCAGCACCACCAAAUCCAAGGAUGGGGCCGUGGAUGAUUCUUUUGAAUAAAAUUGCUGAAUCUCAUAAUCUCGUUCCUGAAUUUGAGAUUACUUUUGAAGCUACUCAUCAUGGACCUGUGACAACUAAGCCAACAAUGUUCAUCGAGAUAGGUAGCACUGAGGAGUACUGGAAGAGACAGGAUGCUGCUCAAGUUGUUGCUCUAGUGAGUUUUACUUUGUUAGUGGCUGCUUUACUGUUAGUCUGGGAAGGACUUGGACUUGGAGGAGGUCCUCCUGUUGGAAACUGGAGCAGUACAUCUGCAAAUAGCAAAGUCCUCCUAGGGAUUGGUGGAGGACAUUAUGUGCCACGACAUACGGAUGUGAUAAAGAAGGAUGGUUGUUGGGUGGGCCAACUCCUCUCCGGUUACUCCUUGCCAAUGGAAGAUCCUGGCCCAACAAAAGGUAAAGUAAGUGCACAAGAUAUUGCUGGAACUUGGAAACAUUCAAUUAGAGCAGCAUAUGAUGCUACCAAAGCAGGUUUUCCUGGUGGAGAUAUUCUGGCACAUCUUGAUCAGAAGAGUUUCAAGAGUUGGCAGAAGAAUGCGAUUAUUGAAUUCCUAGGUGCACAGAACAUUAAAAUUGGCAAGCCUGGUGACUUCCGCUGAUUCCGAUCAAGUUUAGCAAGUUAGUUGCUUAUUGAUGUUGUUAAGGUCCACAACUUUCAUACCUUCUUUUUUAGAUGUACUUGUAGAGUAGGUUGAAGCAAUAGCUUCCGGAUCAUCAUAUAAGCAUAUUGUUCACUGAGAACUUUGUAUGUCCUGGGAAAAGAAGUAGAAAGGAAAACAAUGUAUGAAGAUUAAUAUAGGCAAGUAUAAUAAUCUUUUUCUUCUUUGUUAAA